AUGAAAAUCAUUGAUUUUAAUUCAUUCAUGAAUACAUAUAAUUCAUUCAUUAAUGUUUCAUAUGCUUCUAAAGAAGGUGAGCCAAAAACUAUCGAUAAAGCGGUGUAUGAAAUAAAAGCAUCAACGACGAAAUUGAAUUCGUUAACUUUUGACGGUGAUAGUUUCGUUAAUGACAUAACAUCGGGGAAAAUAAUUUUAACGAAAGAAUACUUAAAAUCUCAUGUUAGUGAGUUCGUUGAAAUUGAAAAAGAAGGUGGAAUUAAGUUCGAUCCACUGAAUUUCAUUUUCAGCUUAGCGAAUGCGGGUAUUAAUUUUGCUGAAUGGACAACAAUACAGAGUGAAAUAAAUGCAAUAUGGACGUUUUUGGGGUCAAAAGCGGGAAUGGGUGAGCUUGUAAAUGCUGCAAGAACAUUAGGUGAAACAGGAAAUUUUGUAGAUGGUUUUAAAAGACUUGUUUCAAAUGUUUUAACAAACACAAAGAAAUUAUUUAGAUAUACCGUACAUAACGGACGGAUUUUCGAACAGAUAGCAACAAACCCUCCGGUUAUGGCUGCGUUGAUGAUGGUUAGAGAUAUAAAACCACGUAACGACGGGAACGAAGAACAUGAACAACAGGAUACUGGUCGGGUUAUUCGAGACAUUAAAAACGUGUAUCCUGAAGUUAUUGAUUUAUUUAGAGGAGUUAAUGAUUCAAUUUCAAAACAUUCUAUAACCCUCGAUGAAGAGAAUAAAUUAACAGAUUAUAUAUUCGUCAUUAUUGCAGAAUUAAUGAAGAGAAUAAAUGAAAAAGGAAUUGGUGAUAUCAUUAAUGUCAGCGAU